GUCUGGAUGCAGGGCUGCUGUACGGGUUCAGGCGACGCUUGACUGUGAAUGAGGAGACCGCAGUCAUGGCGGCGGUGAUUCAGGUGGCCGACGAGACGUACCUGGCUCGGGAAACCGCUGGAGGCCGCGCUGCUGUGUUGCCUGCUGGGGGCGCGCUGCGGGCUUUCGACUUCGGGCUGCGCGGCGCGGGAGCUGGGCAGCAGCUGGUCGGUGCCGACGGUGGCGCUGCUGGAGGCAACGCUGAAGGUGCGGCCGCUCUGGUGGGCGUAGGGCCCGCGCGGGGACCUGGUCUUGGCGUCGCUGCUGGCGGUGCGGCCGCUGCUCAACCCGUGGGUGCUGGAGCGCCUGGGCAGGCAGCGGCGGCCGCUGGGGCGGUCGCGGGCCCAGGUCCAUUCGCGGCUCCUGCUGCUCCGGAGUGGGUGAUGACGGAGACGACCGCCGCGGGAGACCGCGGAACGGUUGUGGCCUUGAAUGGGACGGAGCGACUCGGAGGCGACGUCGGGAUCAUGAGGACCGACAAGGGCUGGAUCGGAAUCCGACGGGUGUCGCUCAGCCUGGCGCUCUACGCUGGCGCUGAGGCUGGACUUGACGCCAGGCUCCUGGGGAUCGCACUGCAGUCAGACGGCCAUCGCCCUCGGAUUCAGUUUCGGGACGCUGUCGCCAAGUUCGAGCAGACUCCGCUUCCAGGAUGGCCGUUGGAGGGCCCCCGUUCGGCUGCGUGGUGCUUCGUCUUCAUUGACCGACGCCGCGGGGGCCCGCUGGAGCACUUCACGCAGUUCAAGAGUCAGUACCACUUGACGAACGAUGACUACGGUGUGGCCCACUACGAGAGCAUCAUGAGGAUGAUCGAGUUCCUAGCCUGCUGGGAUCAGGUGAAUCUUCCAGACCUCGUGGGCGUCGAGGUGGCCGUGCGACAGGCGCAGCUGUACGGGUACGUGUACGCGAUGGAGGCGGAGGCGCUUCAGAACACGAAGGCCCUUUCUCGGACAGCUGCUCGGCGGGUGCACCGCCGCCACCACAGGCUCGACAUGGUGAAUGAGAUAGUUGUGACUCUCAACGACAUGUACCUGGGUGGAAGUGGACAUGGCGACCUUCCGCGUAGUGCCGCUGGUGAGCCGCUGCUUGCUGUCCAUGCCGAGGUGCACCGGGAGCUGGAAGAUGCGGUCCGCCGCUUCGGAGAGCCGCCGCUGGACCUCGACGGCCCAGGAGCCCUUGCGGAGCUUCGGGUGUCUCAGGCGUACCACGGGGAGGCCGUGGCCAUCGCCCCGGUUGGCUUCGACAACGUCGACCGCAUUUCUCUGCCUGCGGCUGCGACUUCUCCACAGACGUUAGAGCAUUUGGCUGGUGAUGUGGGCCGGAAGAUCGCCAAUCGUUUACAAGAUUUGUUGCUGCCCCGAGAACAGGGGUUGGACCGCAUCCUUACUGAGGGACCACGUCGGCUAUGCGUUGAUCCCAACCUUCGUAACCCUAAGCUGUAUCAGCGAGUGCUUCGACGGCUGGUGGACUCUAACCUGGUGAGUUUCCAGCUGGACUGCGAGUGCUCGGUCGGGCUCUUUUUCGUUCACAAGAAAAAUGGCGAUCUGAGGAUGAUCUUAGAUGGCCGCUACUCGUCACUGCGCUUCGCCGAGGCCGACAAGGUUGAGUUGGCCUCAGGCGGUGCUUUCAGCCAGAUCGCCGUAGACGGGGAUGACCCUAUCGCAGUGGCGGGCGUGGACAUCGCCGAUGCUUUCUACAACAUCCU